AUGAUACUAGGUUUCUCUCUGUUUCCUUACUGUUCCUCGCGGUCUCAUAAAUCAAAAAAUGGGCAGAAUCAUGAUUAUGUUACAGUUGUUUUACCGAAAUUCAAGACACAGAUUGAUAAAAAGUCAGAAUAUGUAACUCAAUUAAAACAGAGAACAACAUUCAACACUGACAAAGAUGAUGAUGUUUCUGGAAAAGAUUCAAUAGAUAACGGAGAAUAUGAAGACCCCUUCAGGAGACCAGAUCUUAAUUAUUUUAACAGCAACAAUGAUAAUGAAAAUAAUAAUGACCAAUCCGAUGUUAGUGAGAAAGAUCAAGAUUAUACUGAAUCCGGUUACAUAGACGAAGAGACAAUGAAAUAUGAAAAAGCAAUUCAAAAACAAAGUGGAACUAGUCAAGUGUUUAAACACAUACCUAAAAAUAGUAUUACGAAAUAUACUGAAAUUGAUAGACCACUCAGUUUCAAUAACAAAGAAGUUUUAAAUAAUGAUGUUUUUGUCACAAGAGAUUACAGCAACACCGAUUUAAGUGAACUAUUUAAUAAAUAUGCUGAAGAUACUAAUCGAAAUUCCAAUGCAAAGUUUGAUUUGAAGAAUUAUGAUGUUGAUAUGGACAAAUUGUUUAGGGAAAACAUAAAAUCUAAUAAAAUAGAGAAUAACUACUAUAGCGAUAAAGUACAAAAUAAUCGUCAGAAAGAAAAUCACCAGAAGAAUAAUAUUGAUAAUAAUAAUAAUAAUAAUCGGAGAACGGAUUCAUUGAGCGAUAGGAGACGUCUGCAAAAUUUACAGCAAUAUAAAAACAUUUAG